AUUAGCUGCGAACAAAGGAGGAGGAGGAGGGAGGGAGGAAGGCCGCCGCCGCCGCCGCCGGAGGAGGAGGAGGAGGAGGCGGACCGCGCGGAGAACUGCCAGCCCCCCCACCCCCACCCCCACCCCGAUCUCAAGGUGACGAUGGCGCUGCUGGGAAAGCCUUCCGACGGUCCGCCAAACCACUCCAGGCCCGACCAGUGGCACUUGGUGGUCUCCCAAAAAGACGAGGUCAUCACCAGCUUAAUAUCUGCCUUAGAAUUCAUGUGUUCAGCACUUUCUAAACUCAACGCAGAGGUGGCCUGCAUCGCGGUCCAUGACGAAAACACCUUCGUGGUGGGCACCGAGAAGGGCAGGCUCUUCAUGAGCGCCAGGAAGGAGGUCCAGCUGGAUUUCAAGAAGUUCUGCCGCGUCCAAGAGAGGAAAGAGCCGGACCUGGAGGCGCCGAGGAAGAGCAGGAACUUGGGGCGCACAAUGCCCCGCAUCUCCCCACAUCAGGGGUCGGACAUCUACCUCCUCAGGAAGAUGGUGGAAGAAGUCUUUGACGUCCUUUACAGUGAGGCCUUGGGGAAGAGCACCGUGGUCCCGCUUCCGUACGAGAAGUUCCUCCAAGAGCCCGGCUCGCUGUUAGUGGCCGGGCUGCCAGACGGGCUGACCUUCCAAAAGCCCGCGGACUACGACGCCAAGUCGCUGGUGGCCAUCCUGGAGCACAGCCACCACUUGCGCUUCCGGCUGAAAAGGCCACCCGAGGACUCCUCGGUCCGGGACCCCCUCCUUUCUCCGGAGGCGGCGACCCCUCCGAGCCUUGCCGUGUCGAAGGGGAGCCUGAACCACGUCCCUGCGCAGCUGGCCAACCACGAGACCCCCCUCCCUGGGACCGGCUUCUUGUUCGGCACCCCGAUUCCCACGCCUCUGGCCACAGACAUGAAGCAGGAAGGUCCGCCCGGGCGGAGGCCUUCGCCGCUGGAGUUCGGGGACUGCUGUGGAGAGAAAUCCCCCCUCCCCGGUGGGGCGCUCCUUCAAAACGGCCACUCCUCCAAACACAUCCUCUUCUCCAUCGUCCACGACAAGUCAGAUAAGUGGGACCGUUUCAUCAAGGAAACCGAAGACAUCAACACCCUGCGGGAAUGUGUGCAAAUUCUGUUUAACAGCAGAUAUGCCGAAGCGCUGGGGCUCGAUCACAUGGUGCCGGUCCCCUACCGGAAAAUCGCUUGCGACCCGGAAGCCGUCGAAAUCGUUGGGAUUCCCGACAAGAUCCCGUUCAAGCGGCCGUGCACGUACGGCGUCCCGAAGCUCAAGCGCAUCUUGGAGGAGAGGCACCACAUCCACUUCCUCAUCCAGAGGAUGUUCGAUGAACGAAUUUUUACAGCAAGCAGAUUUACCAAAGAUUCAGCCAAGGCGGAGCCAUCGAGCCCUUCCGGGCAAAUCUCUCCCGAACUUCAGAGAAUGGACUUCCUCGAUCUGCCCGGGACGUCGCAUGCGAAUCACAGGUCUGACGAAUGGGUUCUCGCCAAAGACUGUGAGCCGGGUCCCUCCGGAGAGCUGGGAGGCGUAAAACGCAUCAAAAUAGAAGCGGACGAGGUCGACAUCAUUCAAAUCACCGUUCCAGAUCGGUCGCCCCAUUCUGACGAAAUACCCGACGUUGCAGUAGCCGCCAAUCACGUGGCUCCGGAUGAUGAUCUCAACUAUGUGUGCGACAGGCUGACAGAUAAAGGAUCUAACAAAGAAUUGCAACACGGUGAGAAACAGGUGUCGGAGAAAGAUGCCAAAGGCGAUGUUCUAAGCCACUUGAGGAAACAAGUAGAAAUUUUGUUCAACACGAGAUAUGCAAAAGCCAUAGGGAUCCCGGAGCCCGUCAAGGUCCCGUAUUCCAAGUUCCUGAUGUAUCCGGAGGACCUCUUCGUCGUCGGCUUGCCCGAGGGCAUCUUGCUCCGGCGGCCGAACUGCUUUGGGAUCGCGAAGCUGAAACGGAUCCUCCAGGCCAGCGGCGACAUCCGGUUUGUCAUCAAAAAGCCGGAACUUCUCACGGAAGGAGUGAAGGAAGAAGCUUCGGACAGCUCAGGAGGAACGGGUAACGAAAGAGACUUUAAUAAGCGUCUGAAGGAAGAACCUUUAAAAAGGCCGGGAUUCCAAGAAAAUUAUGACACUCGACUUUCAAGAAUAGAUAUUGCAAACACACUAAGGGAACAAGUCCAGGACCUGUUCAACAAGAAGUAUGGCGAGGCUUUGGGCAUCAAGUACCCGGUCCAGGUGCCCUACAAGCGCAUCAAGAACAACCCGGGGUCCGUCAUCAUAGACGGGAUGCCCCCGGGGAUCCCCUUCCGGAAACCUUGCACCUUCGGCUCCCAGAAUCUGGAGCGGAUCCUCGCCGUCGCCGACAAGAUCCGGUUCACCGUCACAAGACCCUUCCAAGGACUCAUCCCUAAACCCGCCCCGAGACGGAUCUCCACCUUGGGAAAAGCCUUCGCUGCUCUGAACGAUGAAGACGACGCGAACAGAUUGGGCGAGAAGGUGAUCCUCCGAGAGCAAGUGAAGGAGCUGUUCAACGAAAAGUAUGGAGACGCUUUGGGGCUGAACCGGCCCGUCCUGGUGCCGUAUAAGCUGAUCCGGGACAGCCCCGAGGCCCUCGAGGUGCUCGGCCUCCCGGACGAGAUCCCGUUCCGGAACCCCAACACCUACGACAUCCACCGGCUGGAGAAGAUCCUCAAGGCUCGUGACCGCAUCCGCAUGGUGGUGACGAAUCCGCUUCAGCCAUUUGCCGAUCUGGGCGCCGAAGCCAAACAACCAGAAAGCGAGGGCACGGUCCCCAAGCGGAAGCGGAAGCGCAUCUCCGAAGGGAACUCCGUCUCCUCCUCGUCCUCCUCGUCCUCCUCCUCCUCUUCCCACCUGGAGACCACGUCAAACAACAACCAGUUUUCCCUGAUGCAGUGGCCCAUGUACAUGCUGGACUACGGCGGCCUCAACGUUCCGGUUCCGGGAGCCAUGAAUUAUUCGGACCUCAGUUUCUGAACCAGAACCUCCGAACAGAAAACAAAACAAAACAAAACAAAUAAUGAACGGCGUGUAAUAUUCGUUUGUACAAAGUGUAUAUUAUUCCAAUAUGUAUUGAUGCCUUUUAGUUUUUCCAAUGAUUUUUACACUAUAUUCCUGCCGCCAGGGCCUUUUUAAAUAAAAAAAGAAUAAGAAGGGUUGCCUUGCUCUGAAAAAUCAAA